GGGUUAGUUUUAGGCGCGACACCUGUAAUGAAAGUGCGCAUGCGCUGCUCUCGCCUGUGUUGCUGUUCACUGCUCUGGUGCUGCUCUAGCACUGCUGCGUGCAUCACCCAACGCAAAGAUGGCGACCCGGACGAUGCAAGCGGCCCGAUGCCCGACAGAUGAGCUGUCACUGACUAACUGUGCUGUAGUGAGUGAGAAAGACCUGCAGUCUGGACAGCAUGUGUCUGUGAGGAUAACACCCACCCACAAGUUUGUGUUCACAGUGAAGUGUCAUCACUCUGUGGUUCCUGGAACAAUCGCUUUUAGUUUGCCACAGAGGAAAUGGGCAGGCCUGUCCAUCGGACAAGAAAUAGAGGUGGCAAACUACAACUUUGACAAAUCCGUGCAGUGCAUUGGUGCCAUGACCAUUGAGAUUGACUUCCUGCAGAAGAAGAGCACCGACUCAAGUCCCUACGACUCUGACAAAAUGGCCACCGAGUUCAUCCAGCAUUUCAACAAUCAGAGUUUUAGUGUGGGACAGCAGCUGGUCUUUAGUUUCUGCGACAAGCUCUUUGGCGUGGUUAUAAAAGAUAUUGAGGCUAUGGACCCCAGCAUACUGAGGGGAGAACCAGCAUCUGGCAAAAAGCAAAAGAUUGAGAUCGGUCUGUUGGUUGGAAACAGUCAGGUGAUCUUUGAAAAGUCAGAGAGCUCAUCUCUCACACUAGUUGGCAAGGCCAAGACCAAAGAGGCACGUCAGACCAUCAUUAACCCUGACUGGAACUUUGAGAAAAUGGGUAUUGGUGGUUUGGACAAGGAGUUCUCGGAUAUCUUCCGUAGGGCCUUCGCUUCCCGAGUCUUCCCUCCUGACAUUGUGGAGCAAAUGGGUUGUAAGCACGUGAAAGGCAUCCUUCUUUUUGGUCCUCCCGGCUGUGGUAAAACACUGAUGGCCAGGCAGAUCGGUAAGAUGCUGAAUGCCAGAGAGCCAAAGAUUGUCAACGGUCCAGAGAUCCUCAACAAGUAUGUGGGUGAAUCUGAGGCCAACAUUAGGAAGCUGUUUGCAGAUGCUGAGGAAGAACAGAAAAGGUUGGGGGCUAACAGUGGUCUGCACAUCAUUAUCUUUGAUGAACUGGAUGCUAUCUGUAAGCAGCGUGGUACAAGUUCCGGCAGUACAGGUGUGCAUGACACUGUGGUCAACCAGCUCCUGUCAAAGAUCGAUGGAGUGGAGCAGCUCAACAACAUCCUCGUCAUAGGCAUGACUAACAGGCCUGACCUGAUAGAUGAAGCUUUGAUGAGACCGGGCCGAUUUGAAGUGAAGAUGGAGAUCGGUUUGCCGGAUGAGAAGGGCCGUCUUCAGAUCCUGAACAUUCACACUAAUAAGAUGAGAGAGUAUAACCUCAUCGCUAGUGAUGUGGAUGUUAAAGAACUGGCCACCGAGACCAAGAACUACAGUGGAGCUGAACUGGAGGGUCUGGUUAGAGCCGCCCAGUCCACUGCCAUGAACCGCCACAUUAAGGCCACAUCCACUGUAGAGGUGGACAUGGAGAGAGCAGAGAAACUCCAGGUCACUCGUUCAGACUUCUUGGCGUCUUUGAAUAAUGACAUUAAACCUGCUUUUGGCACCAACCAGGAAGACUAUUCCAGUUAUAUAAUGAACGGCAUCAUUAAAUGGGGCGAUCCGGUCACCCGUGUGCUGGAGGAUGGAGAGCUGCUGGUACAGCAGACCAAAAACAGUGAUCGCACACCACUGGUGUCUAUGCUUCUCGAGGGACCUCCUCACAGUGGCAAAACAGCCCUGGCUGCUAAGAUCUCGGAGGACUCGGAGUUUCCAUUUAUUAAGAUCUGCUCUCCGGACAAGAUGAUUGGCCACUCGGAGAUCUCCAAAUGCCAGGCCAUCAAGAAGUUCUUUGACGACGCGUACAAGUCUCAGCUCAGCUGUGUUGUGAUUGACGACAUUGAACGUCUAUUAGAUUAUGUGCCGAUUGGCCCCCGCUUCUCCAACCUGGUCCUUCAGGCUCUGUUGGUUUUGCUGAAGAAAACUCCACCUCAUGGUCGAAAGCUGCUGAUCAUCGGUACCACCAGCCGCAAAGACGUUCUGCAAGAGAUGGAGAUGCUGGAUGCGUUCAGCACCACCAUUCACGUGCAAAACAUCUCUUCUGGAGAUCACCUGGUUGAAGCUCUAGAGCUCCUGGGCAGCUUCACGGAUGCUGAGAGAACCAAAAUUGCCCAGCAUGUGAAGGGAAAAAGAGUUUGGAUUGGCAUUAAGAAGCUUCUCAUGCUUAUUGAGAUGUCUCUGCAGAUGGAUCAAGCGUACAGAGUCAGCAAGUUCCUUUCUCUGCUUAAAGAAGAGGGAGCAGACCGUGGUUUCUGCGAGUAACACAAGACAGAAGACGACCGGAGGUAUUCGCUGCCCUCUGCAUGUUCCCUUGUCAACUACGAGCAAACUCACCAUCCUCGCAAAAUUGAUAUCCCGACGGCGGUCUCCGAGCCAUCCUGUGGUCUCCGCUCAUAUCCAACCACAAUAUCGAAUAUCGUCUUGUGCAUUGUGUAAUAUUUCUGUAUGCUGUUUGUUUACAUGAAUAUGUUUAAAUCAAGUUAAUCUCGGUCUAAUCGAAGCCAUGAAGAUGUAAAAAAAUAUUCUGAUAAAAAAACAUGUACAUAUGUUGCUACAUGAACAUAUAUAUAGGGCGUCUAUAUCAUUCAACAUCUAUAAGUAGGAUUUAAGAAAGCUGUUAGUAUGUAUACAGUGAAAAUGAGCUGUGCUGUCUGUAGUGCGUAUACGCAGAACCUUACCUUUGUGAUUGUGUUGUGGUAACACAAGAAAACAACAUAUAGAUCACAGUGUUAUAUGAUUUUAUUCAUAGUUUGAAUUUAGAGUUCUGUUUUUUAUUUGUUUCUAUUUUGAAUCUUGGUUGUGGUGUCAGAGCUGGUAAUACAUACAGUAUAUAAUAUACGUUCAUAUGUGUGUGUAAGCACCAGUGUUUGAGAUCCUAGCACUUUGUGAAGAACCUUGAAUAUAAUAUGAGAGAUCAGAUCUACAGUCGAUUGAUAAUCUGAGUGUGUGUUUUAGUGAGUGAGUGUGUGUGCGUCCAGAAGCUCCCUCCACAAGUCAGCUUCAGUCAUCUGAUUUGUAUGAGUGUAUUUGUUUGUGUACAGUGUGUGUAGAUAUUGUUUUUGAAUGUAUUAUUUAUGAAAUUGUUGCUUUCUGUAUUGAUUUUUUGCCUGAACUUUGUUUUCUCAAUGGUUUCUGUGACUAGUGUUUGAUGUACAGAUCUCUGUGAUCUGUUAUGGCUAUUGGAGAUGUACAACCAGAUGCAAAUUGUGUUACUGCAAUAAUAAAAAAACAACAACA